UCCUCUCUGGCCGCUGGGCGUCUCCCUUCCGCGGCGUCCUUUCGUCUCUGGGUGACGUCAUCAGAGCGCGCCGGUUCGGAGGAUCCUUCGGUAUAAUAUAGGUCUCCAAUAUCUCUCCUCCUAUCAGGGUGAAGAAUGACGACCGGAGCCGAUGUCCGGGACAUUUUGGAGCUGGGGGGAGGGGAGUCGGAGACCCCCGGGAUCAUCAGCAAGAAGGACAUCAUCAAUGCAGACAAGAAGAAAUCUAAGAAAUCUUCGGAGACUCUGACAUUUAAGCGUCCGGAGGGGAUGCACCGGGAGGUCUACGCUCUCCUCUAUUCAGACAAGAAAGACGGGCCCCCGCUGCUCCCCAGUGACACCACUCAUGGGUACCGAACGGUAAAAGCCAAGCUGGGCUGUAAGAAGGUGCGACCGUGGAAGUGGAUGCCGUUUACCAACCCGGCCAGGAAAGACGGAGCCAUCUUCUGCCACUGGAGGCGGGCGUCCGAGGAGGGCAAGGACUACCCCUUUGCCAGGUUUAAUAAAACAGUUCAGGUUCCCGUGUACUCAGAGCAGGAAUAUCAGAUGUACCUCCAUGAUGACGGCUGGACAAAGGCCGAGACCGACCAUCUGUUUGACCUCUGCCGCCGAUUCGAUCUGCGCUUUAUCGUCAUCCACGACCGUUACGAUCACCAGCAGUACAAGAAAAGGUCAACAGAAGACCUGAAAGAUCGUUAUUACAGCAUCUGUGCCAAGCUGGGAACGGUUCGCGCCACUCCCGGGACAGAGCUGAAGAGCCCGGUGUUCGAUGCCACUCACGAACGUCGGAGGAAAGAGCAGCUGGAGAGGCUGUACAGCCGGACGCCGGAGCAGGUGUCAGAAGAGGAAUAUCUUAUCCAAGAGCUGCGGAAAAUCGAGAGCAGGAAGAAGGAGAGAGAGAAGAAGGCGCAGGACCUGCAGAAACUUAUUACCGCCGCCGACACCACCACCGAACUGCGGCGCGCCGAGCGCAAGGCCACCAAGAAGAAACUGCCGCAGAAGAAGGAAUCCGAGAAACCCACUGUUCCUGAGACGGCGGGUAUCCGAUUCCCAGAUUUCAAGUCGGCAGGAGUGACUUUGCGUAGCCAAAGGAUGAAACUCCCGAGCUCAGUUGGACAGAAGAAGAUUAAAGCCUUGGAUCAGAUGCUGUCAGAACUCGGAGUAGAUCUUAACCCGAUGCCAACAGAAGAGAUCGUCCAGAUGUUUAAUGAGCUGCGCAGCGAUCUGGUCCUGCUCUAUGAACUCAAACAAGCGUUCUCCAACUGCGAGUAUGAACUGCAAAUGCUUCGCCAUCGCUUCGAAGCCUUAUCCAAAACCGGGGUCCCCAGCACGCCGGUGGCAGCCGAGGGAACCAACGUAGAGGGCCAGGCCACCAUCAGCACAGAGGACAUCAAACUAGAGGGGAAAGAUCCAAUCAUCGACGUUGUUGGCGCUCCGCUGACUCCCAACUCGCGAAAGCGCCGUGAAUCUGCGUCCAGCUCCUCCUCGGUGAAGAAGAUGAAGAAGCCUUGAGGGACUUGGCAAGAUGGCCGGCGAGAAAGUUUGGUCCGGCUCCAGCGUCUCUCCGCCUGGCGGGCCCGUGCCGGAGGGGGUGCGCUGACAUUCUAGAUGUUUUUUUUAAAUCUUGUGUGUAUAUAUUUUUUAUGUUUUCUGUUAGCGAAGGCAAAUGCCGUGAAAAUUGUCCCCCCCCCCCCCCCCUGCUGUAUGGACUGCGAAUCUCCGGACACUUCCGGUAGACCCAUUAAAGGAAGUUUCAUUUUUUUGUUA